AUGCAAGAGUACCUGGCGCAGCUUGCGGCCGACAUCGCCGCGCUGGCGCAGACGACGGGUCAGAAAGCCGAAGGCUCCGAGGUCGCGCGGGCCGCCGCGCAGCUGGAAGAGACGAGCGCCAAAGUCGCAGAGAUGGGCCUGCGGCUCUCGUCUGCGCUCCAGCGCGUCUGGCCGCAUCUCGAAAGACUGGAUGACAGGGCUCUCAAGCUGGAGGGCUGGAGUCGAGAGGCCGUGAAGGAGCUCAAGGUCCUGCGGAGCGUGGACUCGGAGCUCGCGCUUCGGCUCGACAGGCUGGCCGACGAGGUCCAGGAAGUCGUCGGUUCCAGCGAGGAGAAGUGGCAGGCCCUGGAGCGAUGCUUGCGGGCACAAGCCACUUCGGCAGAGCAGAAGGAUGUUGCGGCGACAGAGCUCAUCACGACAUUGGAGGAGCGACUGGAAACCCUUGAGAUGGAUUUGGAGAGGGAGACCCGGCGAGCUAAGGAGAAGGUGGAGGAGUCCAUCCACGAUUUCAGUGACAAGAUCUGCGCCUUCGAGGAGACGAUCAAAGACAAAGAGCAAGCAGUUCAUUUUGGCGCACGGUGCUUAUCUUGUAAUCGCACCUUCGACGACGUGGUCAAAACACCAGGAAGUGUGAAUCUUCCCGCAGAGAAGCGUCGGGCACAGGUUUUCGCGGAGAUUCAGAGGGCUCUGCACACUCCCAGGACUGAUCCGGAGACCAUCAAACUGUUGGCUGUCAAGGUGGGAAGACCGACUGCGGUUACUGCGAAGCAAAGUUCUUACGCCAGCCGCAACGGGGACUCUUUAGCCAACGGCCUUGAGGAUGUGCAGCUCAUCCCUGUCCGCACCACCUCUUUGAGCCGAUCAGUGCCGCCGAGCCGGUCGCAGUGCUCUCCGAGACCGCCCUCCAAAACCUCCGCGUCGAACGUGCGUCCACAGAGUGAGACCUCGAGCUGCUGGACACAUCGUCGCGGUGGUGAAGCACCCGCUGCUUGGACUGGCCGAAGACAUCGGGCUCAUUCGAAGGUGAAUGAGGACAUCAAGUCUGCAGUUUCAUGA